AUGGCGGACGCCCCCGCGCAACCAGCUUCCUCGGCCGCCCAAGACUCCUCCGCGGCCGCCCAGACCGAGUCUGCCGCCGCCGUGCGCCGCCUGCGCGCCGCGGCGGAGCUCAUCGCCACGGGCAACACGCCCGAGUGCCCCGUCUGCCUCGAGCAGCCGUCGGCGAUGGACGCGCGGAUACUGCGCUGCUGCGCGGCGGUGAUGUGCCGCGAGUGCGUGCCGCUCUGCAACGGCAUCUGCCCGUUUUGCCGGCGCGAGUUUGCCGGCAUCGGCGAGUCCUGUUCGCACGACGACGCAGAGCGCACCGCGCGGGUGACGACGCGGGUUGACUUCGUGAGUGAGUGUGAGUGGGAGGGCACGUAA